ACCGUAUUUUAACCCUGGGAUUCAGGUCGGACCUCCUUAAUCAGCACACCGUGGCAUCCAUCACUGCUGAGGAAUAGAGAUACAGAGCUGUGAAACCCUGCCUGUAGAUGAAGAGCAAUGGGUUCCAGUCCUGUUCCUGGGGUCUCAAAGGGAUGCCUUGCAAUUGGAGAUUUCUUAAACGAUUGCCUACAGUUACUGUGUAGGGCACGGCACAGUUGGGUGACCAGGGCCAUCUGGGACUGUCUCGUGGGGGAUUUCAGGCAUCUGUGAAGGCUACCUGUGUCCUGCAUAACUUCAUGAUGAUGAACAGGAGGGGACCUAAAGCGCUCCGCUGUGUGCCAGAGGAGAGGUCUGCUGCUCUGCAGGAUGUUGCCAGGAUGGGGGCCAACAACGCGCACAGGAGGCAAUCUGUGUGCAGGAGACCUUCACCUCCUACUUCUUCGCAAAGGAUGCUGUUCCCUGGCAACACCAUAGACUACACUAUGCACAACCAAAGGCUCUUUUAAGAGCCAUCCACAUUGUAAUAAGAGUAUUCUUCAAUUUACUUAGCUAUGUCAACUGCAGUUAUUCAUUUCAGUUCCUGUGAUUUCUACUUCGCCGGUGAGGGUGCUGUUUAGGAAGCAGGCUCCGGUGUAUAACUGUGGCUCCUUCCACCUUCAAAGAAUAGACAAGAGGACAAACCAUGGAGAAUAGUAUGUUUUGAUGUGAGAGAGUAUGCCAACCGCCAGACCCAUCAUCGCCACCUCUCCUCUGCAGGUAUGUUUUGAUGUGAGAGUAUGCCAACCGCCAGACCCAUCAUCGCCACCUCUCCUGCAGGCCGCUACUGACCGAAACAACGCCGAGAGGAUUUGCCAUGAGUCCAAAACACUGUAUCAAGAGACCGAGGCCGGGACUCUGCGCACCCAAGCUGAGGGGACGCGGCACCUGGGAGAGAGACUGCAGCAUAUCCACUUCUGGAAGUCGGAGCUGCAGCGGCACAUCGAGAAGCUGGUGGCCGAGACAGACCUCCUCCUGGGGCAGAAGAGGAGGCUGUUGAAGGCGCUGGACGCCACCGAGAUCCCGUUCGCCAUCGCCACGGAUAACCUAACCUGUCGGGAACGGCGGCUGGGUCCCGACCUGGUUAAAGACGGCGUAGAGGAGGAGCUGCUUAAGGAGGUGGAGUUGAUCAGGAGCAUCCAGGCUCUGUUGAAGAGAACGCUGAGCCAGGCUGUCAAUCAAAUCAAGUGUAACAGAGAUGCCAAGCAGACUCUAGAGCUGGACUGGUCUGAUAAGUACCAGGCCUACAGUCUGGAUGACCAGUGUGGUCGCUACAACAACAUGAGUACUGACACUCAGUACCACCCCAACUCAGACAACCUACAGGACCAGCUGUGUAACCGUGAUGCGUGGGUGUCUUUCACCCAGGACAACCUGUCUGUGGCUCAGCGGGAGGAGCAGGCCAGUGUGGAGCUCAGGCUGCUGGUGGAGAGGGUCCUACAGGAGACGGCUGAGGACCUGAGGGUCCAGUGCUCCAACGUAGACCAGGCCUUCAGCCAGCGCUGUCUGCAGCUCACUGAGGCCAAGACACAGCUACAACUGCAUCUCACUCAGAUCCUGGAUCAGAUCGGGGCCCAGGAGAGGAACAUUGUGUCUCUUCAGCAGGCUCUGUAUGAUAAAGAGGCCCCUCUGAGAGUGGCUCAGUCCCGGCUGCACCAACGUUCACACAGACCCCACAUGGAGCUCUGUAGGGACAACCCACAAUUCAGCCUGGUGGGCGAGGCAGGUCAGAUCUCCCAGACCAUGUCAUCCCUGCAGCAGCAGCUGUCUGCAGCGCGGAGCUCCCUGUCCCACCUGGAGGAGUCCCGCAUGGUGCUGGAGAAGGACAUUGGCUGUAAGACCCACAGCCUGCUCAUCGACAGGGACAAGUGCAUGUCCCACCGCACCCGCUACCCCUCCAUCAUAGCCCUGUCUGGGUACUGAAGAGAGAGAGAGACAGGGGGAUAUGGGGACGUGUGUGUGUGUGUGUGUGUGAGAUCAAGUCUGUAUUAGCGACUAGUGCAACAUUGUGUGCAUUUGCUUGGUGUUUCCAGUUGUGUUGUGUCAAUCAAUAAAGGCUUGUCUGUCA